AUGCUGUUUUUAUCGGUGCGGUGAUGUGAUACUGACCCCUAACACCUAAUCGUAAGAUCACAUUGAAAGGACACAAAGUGCCUCCCUGUGCUUGGUGCAAGCAAAGCACAUCACUGAAUGGAGCACUGGCAGCUAGAAUGGAGGGCGUGGGCUUGAUGUCUGCAUGGCUAUUCCUGGAAGCUGAAGCAAUGCCCUGGAAGCGCUCCCUCUCCUAGGAGAAAGACUCAUGAAUAGAACAGUGUUUGAUCAGGCUGGGCUAUACAGAAGAUUUAAAGAAUGGCUAAAGACUUCCGCUAUUAUUUCCAGCAUCCGUGGUCUCGGAUAGUUAUUGCUUACUUAGUGACAUUUUUCAAUUUCUUAAUAUUUGCCGAGGAUCCUGUGUCUCAUAGCCAAACAGAAGCCAAUGUCAUUGUGGUUGGAAACUGCUUUUCAUUCAUCAUGACUAAAUACCCAGGAGGAGCUUGGAACUUUUUAAAAGUCCUUCUCUGGCUUAUCGCCAUCAUAGUUGGGUUGAUUGCCGGAAAGUUUCUUUUUCAUCAACGUCUCUUUGGUCAUUUACUUCGGCUGAAAGUUUUUAGAGAGGAUCAUGGCUCAUGGAUGACCAUGUUUUUCAGUACAAUACUUUUUCUAUUCAUCUUUUCCCAUAUCUACAACAUUUUUCUUCUUAUAGCUGGAAACAUGAGCCCUUACAUCAUAACCGAAUACAUGGGCAUCAGGAAUGAGAGCUUUAUGAAGGUUGCAGCAGUUGGAACGUGGAUGGGAGACUUUGUUACGGCUUGGAUGGUGACUGAUAUGAUGCUUCAGGACAAUCAAUACCCAGAUUGGGGCAAAUCAGCUCGAGCCUUUUGGAGAAGAGGGAAUAUCCGCAUAAUCCUGUUUUGGACUGUUUUGUUCAGCCUAACCUCUGUAGUUGUGCUUGUCAUUACUACUGACUGGAUAAGCUGGGACAAGCUCAAUCGUGGAUUUUUGCCUAGUGAUGAGGUCUCAAGAGCUUUCUUGGCCUCAUUUAUCUUGGUGUUUGACCUCCUUAUUGUUAUGCAGGACUGGGAAUUUCCUCACUUUAUGGGUGAUGUCGAUGUUAAUCUCCCUGGGUUACCUACUGCUCACAUGCAGUUUAGAGUGCCUUACUGCCAAAGGAUAUUUAAAGAAGAAUACCAUAUACAUGUAACAGGUAAAUGGUUUAACUAUGGCAUUAUAUUUCUUGUAUUAAUCCUCGAUCUCAACAUGUGGAAAAAUCAAAUCUUUUACCAGCCUGCACCAUACGGUCAGUAUAUAGGCCCUGGCCAGCAGAUAUUUACAGUUGAAGAUACUGAAAGCUUACAAAAUCUUAAUAGGACAACUUUAUCCUGGGAAUGGAGAUCCAACAAUACUGACCCGUAUACUAAUAAAAGUUAUGUUGAUGGUGAUAUGUUCUUACACAGCAGAUUUAUUGGAGCAGGUCUGAAUGUGAAAUGCUUGGCUUUUAUCCCAAGUCUUAUGGCGUUCGUGUUAUUCGGAUUCUUUAUUUCUAUAUUUGGACGAUUUCAGAAAAGUGAACAAGGAAUGGAGAAUAAAGAUAAAUCUUACAAACGCAUCAACAGGAAAUCUCCUUCUGAACACAGCAAGGAAAUGGGAAUGACCAUAGAGAACCUUCAGGCAGUUAUAGAGGAACCUUUAUGUCUACAUCAUCCAAUGCUUCUAGCUUCACGGACAAAAGAAAAUGAAAUAUUGUGUUAUCCUCCAGCAUCAGAAUCAGAUAAUCUUUCUUCUGCAACACAAGCAGAGCCACCAGCAGACAUUGUUCCUUAUGAUGAUCCAAUUAACAACGUUCCAAGCUAAUGUUGCAAUAAAAUCUGCGUAUCGAUAUGUGCAUACUCUUACCUUUUGUGAUAAAUAUGUACAUAGUGUUAAGAAAUACUCAUAGGUAACAAUUUAUCUGGUGCUCAAAAAGUUAAAACCUGCACAUUUUUGUAAUUUGCUAUAUGUGCCUAUAUAUGACAUUCCUUCAAAGUAAUGUGUUAGGUUAGAUAACCUCCUGAUGUGGAAGAUUACCGGACUGUGAUACUGAAGCCGAAACUACUAUUUAUACUGACACUAAUCCAUAAAUAUCUUGUAAUGCCCCAUGUAAAAUAUUGACGGCAUUCUGUAACUCAUUAAAAAAAAAAGUGUCUUACAUAAACCUCAAGUAAAUCCAAAUGCGUAAAUGACUUACUGUACAAGUAAUCGAAUUAUAGGGCUGCAAUAAAAUAUUUUGCUGGAGGUACUUGAGACAGAAGCUACUGUAUCACAAGCAGAAAAAGCUUCCAUGUCUAGUGAAGUGUGUCUGUCAUGACACAAUUGUUUUAAGAAGCAGAUAUGUGUAAUGCUUGUAGAUAAGUACACAUACGUUAUUUCACUGAAUAAACAGCAAUGAUGUCCAUACCAAACAGUCCAACCAUAACACCUUUCUACACUAUUCACUUUGUAAAGAUUCAUGGGGAAAUACAGUUAUUUUUUUCUAGAUUCCAUUCUGUCACAGAAGAGACAACAUUUCUAAGCACCAUAUUGUACAACAUCAAAAGGAGCCAUGAUCAUCAAAAAGCAAUAUGUUAUGUAUUUGUUUGCAUUUUUUUUGUUUUGUAUACAGUAUACAUAUUUAUUAACAAUGUAUUCAUCUAUUAAUAAUGAAACAGCUUAUUUAUUUAUUUUUUUAGCUUUUUUUUAUGUGCAGACUGGCACACAAUACUGAUACUUAAUACUCUUUAUCUGAAAUUGCUACACAGGCAGUAGUCUCCAACCUUUCAUACCCCAGCUGCAGACAUGCAGGGAGUUGUAGCUUUGCUAAAGCUGGUUCGCCACAGGUUGGAGACCACUAUUCUAGGGUAUACAUACAUAUAGACUAUGCACAUGCUAUGGGUCUAGAAAGAAGGGCUCAGAUCAGCUUGACUGCAUCCCUAUCUCUCUUGUCUCAGGUGGUAAGAAUGUGGUAGUGUUAAACAGUACCAGAAGGGGGGCUCAUUUUAUUCCUUGCUAUAGAUUCCACACAUGUUAAAAAGAAACAGUCACCAGUUUUAUGCUGCCCAAACCAUGGGCAGCAUAUAACAGGUGCAGGCAGCGGGAUGCUGUCGCACUAUGAUUUACUAACGCAUUUCAGAAAAAUAAUCAUUCAAAAAUACUGCAGUGACUCGGGUAAGUAGUCACAUGGGGCAGUCCCUGCAGCUAAUGAGAGAUAUGUCACUGAAUGCCAGUAAGACUGAGAUCAGCCAUCGGUUCCCAUCCCGAUGACUACUUAUGCGGCUCCCGGCAGCAUUGUUUAACUAUUAUUUCUAGGCAUUACAGAUUGAAUCAUAGUGUGUUGGCACCCUGCUACCUGGACCUGUUUUAUGCUGCUCACGCUUUCAGCAGAAUAAAAUUAGUGAUAAUUUUCCUUUUAAUGUAUGUCCGACUUAUAUAUGUAUGUAUAUAUAUAUGAUUAUUAUCAGAGUGCAGUAAAUGAUACACUGUCAAAGAAAUGCAAUCUGUUAUCAUAUUGGCUGCUAUAGGUUAUACUAUAUGAUUUGCUUUAGAUUAAAUAUCAAAUAGGUCCUUUACUGUAUAUUUAAUUUACACCAAAUAGUUGACUCUUGGAUUUUUCUAGAUGUGUGCCUUGAUUGUAAAAUAUUUUUAUAAGCCACCUUUUAAAAUGUAUUUUUAAGAUCUUUUUAUGUUGUAUUUAUUUUUCUCAUGAUUUGCUCAAUACUUUGGCACAAUAGCAAUGUAUUCUAAUAGACAUGUAGCCUGAAACAAAGGUAUAGCGUGAUCAGCCAUAACAUUAAAUCCAUCUGCCUAAUAUUAAGUUGUUUCCUCUUGUACUGGACACUUUUAAUGGUGGCAACACUGGCCAAGGAUUUACAAAGGCGCUCAAUGGUUGUUAUACUUCUGUCCACUUUUGGUAGGUACUAACCGCAGCAAACCAGGAACGUCUCACACAAUCUGAAGUGCUCUGACCCAAUUUUCUACCCAUCACAAUUUGGACCUUGUGGAAGUCACACAGAUCAUUAUACUUUGCUAUUGUACCUGCUUAGAACACAUCAAAAACUGACUGUUCACUUGCUGUGUUAACUAUCUCCCCCUCCUUUGACAGGAGUCAGUGUCACCAGAUAAGCAUGCUAUUCACACCAUCUGUCAUUGGAUUUAAUGUUAUGAGUGAUCGGUGUGCAAGCUUUAUCCAUUGUUUUGGUAAAGUAUAUAUGUAAAAAGUUGUGACAUACACUAUGCAAUGUACAUUAUUUCCUGCAUGGUAAUUUUAAUGGUCUUAUAAAGAGGACUCGUCAUUAUUUCGGAAAUCCUAUAGUUAAAACAAUUUGUGGAAGAUUGUACCUCUCUGCAUUUCUGUGCAUAAUUGAUGUACUUGGUUUCGUGAUCCCUGUGUUUAAUGUUACAAAUGUAAUAUUAUUUAAUUGAAGACUAGCUGGAUUCCCAGACAAUGUAAGCUUUGUGUAAGGUGUUUAAGAACAUGUUUUUAAUAUCAUAGCUCAGCAUAAGUAAGACUUUACACUGACAAAUUAUGCAAUAAGCAAAAUGUUAAACAAAAGUGUAAAUGCCCUAAUAAAAUGUUUAAAGCUGGAUCAACUGGACAUUUCUGGGCUAUUAUUUAACAUUUAAAAGCGAGGAAAAAAAGAGAAAUUAAAAAAAGAGAAAUUAAGCAUAUGGGCCUGAAUUAUCUCUGGAUUGUUCUAAGGAUCUUCAUGUAUUUUUCAAAAGCACAAUUCAUAGCCUACAGUGAUUUAAUAGUAUUUAAGAUCACAAAGAAGGUAUCUGGUAUAUUUUUCACAACAGUAAUAGGUCACUAAAUGAAGUUUGUCUAGAUUACGAAUGCAAACUGCAACAUACAAGUAAUUUGGGGUGAUGGUAAAAAGAACUUUGCUAUAAACAGUGGAAAGUCAUUGGAUCUGAAAU